AUGACUAGCAGAGACCACAGAACAAAGAAGAAUAAUGAGUCCUUUGAAGACAUCAGACACUGCUCCAAAGAGAUGCAGCAGCAACGUGGACCACGGGAAGCACAAGCGUCCAUACGUUCAACUGACCCUCCUCCGCUCCACGCACUUUUGGUUCCAGGAAUCUCCGGAUGCCCCUUUUUCCUCUGGGGACUUCUAGCCUUCUUUGGUUUGGCUCUGGUUAUAUCGUUAAUCUUCAAUAUUUCCCACUAUGUAGAGAAGCAGCAACAAGAUAAAAUGUACAGAUACUCUGAUGACUACAUUCCAAGAGCUGAAGAAUAUUAUGUUGAAGAUACUCCAAUUUAUGGUAACUUAGAAAAUAUAAUCCCAGAAGCCAUGGAUGAGGACUGCUAUGAGCAAAUGAAAGCUCGACCACAAAGGUCUGCAAUUGAUACGCAAGAAGCCACCACAUCUGGACAGGGACGUGCUGAAGAUCAGAUGUGCUACGCCACACUGGAUCACAGCUUCAAGGGGAAACGCAGAAGGCCCAGGAAACAGAAUGCUAAUUUGUUAGACAGGGAAAAGGAUGCACAAGUGUGUGCAAUGGAUGCCAACAUUUCUCAGAUCAAUUUGGUAGAAAGUUCCCCACCAGAUAACCAGGCAGUCGAGGAAAGUGUUCAUGAUGACCCUGCAAGACUGUUUGGAUUAAUCCGUGCCAAGAGAGAGCCUGUAAUCUAG